CUUCAGUCUCCUCCUCCCUCUCAGCCCCGCCCUCCAGGAGUGACUUGGUGUAGGAGAGAGAGAGAGAGAGAGAGAGAGAGAGAGAGACUCUGCAGACACACACUCACACAGAGUCACACACACUGAGAGCUUUUCUCCUCAGCCCUGCUGUGUCUUUACUAACGGGACAAGUUUAAACCUCCAGGAUAUCUCAGCCGGUUCUCCGCUUUCCCCCUCCUGUCCAUGUGAACAUCUCGACCCAGAGUGAGGAAGUUUACUGCUGCUGAAAGGAUGAUGAUGACGAUGAUGGGAGGAGGCCACAGACGAAGGUGCAGUCCUCGCUAGAAUCCUACUUUCUUCUCCAACUUCACCCCCCCUUCACCAUCCAUCCACGACUGCCGUCACUCACCCCUCCCCGCGCCAUGGCCAACCAUCUGGAGCUGAUCCAGGAGCUGCAGCAGCUGGACAAAGUGCCCAGUCUGGAGAGGCUGCGGGCGGCCCAGAAGCGACGUACCCAGCAGCUGAAGAGAUGGGCCAUGUACGAGAAGGAGAUGCAAAACAAGAAGCGGAAGGCUGACAAGAAGGGACGCAAUGCCAACAACCUCCUGCAAGAGUCCAAGAGGCACGUGUCGUUUGCAGCCAGCGUGGCGCUUCUGGAGGCCUCGGCCAGGAACGACCCAGAUGAAGUGCGCUACCUGCUGAAGAACAAUGUGAGUCCAGAUCUCUGCAAUGAAGACGGCCUCACUGCCCUCCAUCAGUGUUGCAUAGAUAACUAUGAGGAGAUGGUAAAGAUCCUGCUGGACCGAGGAGCCACUGUCAACGCUCAGGACAACGAGCUGUGGACGCCGCUGCACGCCGCUGCGACCUGCGGCCACGCAGGACUGGUCAAGAUACUCAUAGCACACGGUGCAGAUUUGCUGGCGGUCAACUCUGAUGGGAACAUGCCGUACGACCUGUGUGAAGACGACCCGACACUGGACAUCAUCGAGACGGCCAUGGCCAACAGAGGCAUCACCCAGGAGAUGAUCAACGAGACACGAGCGUCAACAGAAAGGAGGAUGCUGGGAGACGUUCAGGAACUGCUGAGACAGGGAGAGGAGGUCAACCAACAGGACACUCAGGGAGCUACGCUGCUCCACAUCGCAGCAGCAAGCGGCUACUCUCAGGCUGCAGAGCUGCUGCUGGAGGGGGGAGCUCGCAUGGACCUGAGAGACUCAGAUGGAUGGCAGCCUCUACACGCUGCGGCGUGCUGGGGUCAGAUGCAUGUGGCAGAGCUGUUGGUGUCUCAUGGAGCCAGUCUCAAUGCCAAGACCUUUCUAGAUGAGACCCCCAUCGAUCUGUGUGAGGAUGAGGAGUUCAGAGCCAUCCUGCUGGACCUGAAACACAAACACGACAUUAUCAUGAAGUCACAGCUCAAACACAAGACGUCACUGUGCAGGCGAACGUCCAGUGCAGGCAGCCGUGGGAAAGUGGUGCGGCGAGCCAGCCUGUCAGACAGACACAACUUGUGCCGUAAAGAGUAUGAGACGGAGGCCAUCGUGUGGAGGGGAGGGAGAGAGGAGGAGGAUGAGAAGGAGAAGGAGUCUGACCAGGAGAACCAGGUGGUUCAUGUCAAGCCAGUCGUAGCUGUGGAGCUGCCAGACAAGCCCAAGCUACCCACCAUCCUCAAAGACGGCAGCGGCAAACAGAACGGCCUCAUCGCCACGACGACGUCCAUGCCGCCGCAGUCGCCCUCCAACGGCAGCGCGCCGUCAUGCGACAAAGCCGCAGUCGUCUCCACCCAGCCGGCUCAGGAGGACGCCUGGCCGAGAGAGCGCGCCCAGACGCUUUCUGAGCUCAAGAAACAGAGGGCGGCCGCCAAGUUGUUGAAUCACCCUUUGUUCAACGGUCAUCUAGGUAACGGCUCCACAGACUCCUUCACUGAUGCCAAAAACAACUCCGAGGACCCCCGCAUGCCGCUGGUCUCCUCCAACGGCAACGCGGUUUUCUACACGCCAGCCAGCGGCGACCCGCCUCUUCUCAAACUGAAACAACCAAUGGAGGAAGAGCAGCCGAAGGUGCGAACUUGCUGCUGCAUCUCAUAGCACCCUGGCUCAACAGGAAGUGUUUGCACAGAGAGGUGAAGAAGGCGCUGUAGGAGGAGAGGAAGGAAGGAAGGAAAGGAGUGUUCCUGUCUUUUAACAUCCUUUUCCUCCCCUCCUUUAAGCUUCUCCCAAAGGAGACGGCAGGCCUGAAGAAGGUUUAGAAACUUGUACCUCCCCGCCAUGUGACUCCUGCUACACCAGGAGACACCUUUUCCCCAAAUGCAGGCAUGUUUCACCCGUAUCAGAGGACAGCAAAGGAACCGAGCAGUGCCCCUUUUUUCCCUCCAGGUGUCACUUGGAUUAAAAUUCCUUCUCAUUAAUUGAGUCUCUCUACAAGACAAGUAGAUAGAAAAGUCCUGGCCCUUUGCACCUUUAAGAAUCAAAGUGUGACCGGGUAAACUAUUCAUCGAGAAAGGGUCAAGAAGUUUGAGUCAGAAAUGUGGAAAAGACCCCAAGGUACAAGGUGCAUGUUCUUCUUUCAGAGAUGAAGAUGGAAUACAGUUUUCUACCUAACAUACAGAUGGUUUUUGUCUGAUUAAACAACAUUUUCUGCAGGACUAAACUCACAUUGUUCUGCUUUUCUGUCAUGUUCCUGUUUAACUGUGCAGGAAGGCCACCACAGAAUGGUUCGGAUGUGUCGCAUUACAUCAUGUUUUACUACAACAUAUCAGAAACAGUGAAACGUAGCAAAAAGAGAUCGGUGACGUCUCUUUUGAGGUAUCCUGUCGGGCUAAAAUGCUGCCUGCAUAAGAAAAGGGAAGGAAUGCCAUAUAACAGUGUUAUAAUAUUCAGGAAGCGUACUUCUACAGGAAAGAGUAUAGUUCUGCACUAGGGUUUGAAACUGUCACUAUUAUUCUGUCAACUAUACUUCACCUCACCGUCCUCUCAUGUCACACCUGAACUGACAGGUCAUGCUCUGUUUUAUGCAUAACCCACUGUGCUCUCUCGUUUAGAUAAUUUAAGCAAACAUGGUUGAAAAUUACUGUACAUUUCCUUAUUUAUAAAAUUAAUGUAAUGUGUAAAAAAAAGAAGUAUAUUAUGGUUGCUAAAGUUGAGUGUAUUUAUUAUUUGGUUGGUGUGUGGAGAGAGUGAUUGCAAUAUGAGAUGAGCUGGGGAGUUUUUCAGCAAAGCACCUUCUGACAUGAAAAAUCAAACGUUCAACGGAUCGAGUGAAUUAAGGGUUUCUGUCUGCUUUAUGUACAUGCUGUCCCGCACCAACAAGCCAUCCUAUUGGGAUGGGUUUGUGUCACUACAAAUAACAGUGUUAUUUGUUUAUGUUUUGGUUUGAUUAUUUUUUUCUGGUGGCCAUUGUGUGGCUUUGUCUUCUCUCCCAGUCACUGUAUUUGUUUCAUUAACAAAUUGUAACUGUUAUGUAAUGAAUUAUUGUAAGUAUAGUAUGAGUUUUUUUAGUAUGAGUUUUAUGGAGUUGUCUUCUUGCCUCAACAUUAAUCCACUCAUGGAUUUGGUAUUUAGCGAGCACACAAAAUUAUGUCAGGUGUGCUUGUAUGCAUCAUGGAUUUAACAUAAAAUAUAAGUACUAGAAGUAGCUUCUCUGCUUAAUUAAAGGA